AUGGGUCGUCAUCCAAUACCCUUAAAGCUCCUGUCACUUCUCUGGGUCUUCAUCACUUCUUUCAGUUCCUACGCCGUUUUCGGUAACGAUUUGGACAAAUCGGCACUGCUGGAGCUCAAGAGUUCCGUUUCCGACCCGUCGGGAGUGCUGGAAAGCUGGAGAGAAAGCAAUUCGGAUCUCUGUUCGUGGGUCGGAGUCUCAUGCGGGUCGGAUUAUCGGGUUGUAGCUCUUAAUAUCACCGGUGGAGGUAAUUCAGGCUCUUUCACUUGUACUGAAUAUGAUCAAUUUCAACUAUAUGGAUUUGGAAUCAGGAAAAAAUGUGUGGGUCGUAAUGCGAAAUUGAUGGGUAAGUUGUCAAAUGCUAUCUCAAAGCUUUCAGAACUUCGAAUCUUAUCGCUCCCGUUCAAUGAUUUAAGUGGUGAAAUUCCUGAUGAAAUUUGGGGUAUGAAGAAGCUGGAAGUGAUUGAUCUCGAAGGGAACAUGCUCAAUUGGAAUUUAAACUCCAAUUUCAGAGAUAUGGAAAACCUUAGGGUUUUUAACCUCGGGUUUAAUCAGAUAUCUGGAAAAAUACCCAAUUCGUUAUCCAAUUUGAAGAAUCUCCAAGUCAUAAAUCUCGCAGGAAAUCAUCUAAAUGGUUCAAUUCCAAUGUUCUUCAACGAGUUUACCAGUUUAAGGGGUUUAUACUUGUCAUUCAAUCAGCUUUCAGGCAAAAUCCCAAGUGAAAUCGGGUAUAAUUGUGGUAAUCUUGAGCAUCUAGAACUCGCAGCAAACUUCUUACUUGGAGCUAUUCCCCCAAGUUUAUCAAAUUGCACCAAAUUGCGAUCAAUUUUGUUGUAUUCAAAUAUGCUUCAAGAAGAAAUCCCAAUCGAAAUUGGUCAGCUUAAAUCGCUACAAAUAUUCGAUGUUUCAAGAAAUAGUCUUAGCGGCCCAAUUCCACCACAACUCGGGAAUUGCACAAACCUCUCGAUUCUCGUGUUCUCAAACCUCUUCACUUCCAUCCCUAAUUCCGCUCAAUCCGAAGAAGAGUAUAAUUACUUUCAGGGUCCACUACCUUCCGAAAUUACUAUUUUACCCAAGCUAAAGCUGCUAUGGGCACCAAGAACAACUUUAGAAGGCAAAUUUCCGACCAAUUGGGGCGCUUGUACAAGCUUACAAAUGAUAAAUUUGGGUCAAAAUUUCUUCACAGGUGAAAUCUCAAACGGGCUUAAUCUCUGUAAAAAGUUGCAUUUUCUUGAUUUGAGUUCAAACAAGUUAACAGGACAACUUAGCAAUGAACUCCCGGUUCCUUGUAUGACUCUUUUCGAUGUCAGCAACAAUCAUCUCUCAGGGGCAAUUACGUCUUUUGGCCACCCCGUCUGUGAACCCCUCGAUCCAUCAUCAACAUACAUACAAUUCUUCGCAUCUCAAGCUCCAAAUAAUGGUGGAAAUCGUGCAAUAAUUCAUAAUUUCAGCAGGAAUAAUUUCACAGGAUCGUUAAUUUCAAUUCCGGUUGCAUCAAAACCGAAAAAAAACUCGGUUUAUUCGUUUCUCGCCGGAGAGAACAACCUCACCGGAGUUUUGUUCGAUAAAUGUCCGGAUUUCAAAGAAAUUGUUGUGAAUCUCAGCUCAAAUGGGUUUUCCGGCGAGAUUCCGGCGAAUAUUGGCCGGAAUUGCAGAUCUCUGCGGGUUUUCGAUGUCUCCGGGAACCGUUUAUCCGGGAUCAUUCCUUCUUCUUUCAGUGAAUUAGAUUCUUUAAUUUCACUCAAUUUGAGCUACAACAUGUUGCAUGGAGUAAUCCCCGAUAAUUUUGGAGAAAUUAAGGUUCUCAGGAAUCUCUCAUUAUCAAACAACAAUCUUUCCGGUUCGAUUCCUCAAAGUUUAGGAAGUUUAAAGUCUCUACAAGUUCUAGAACUUUUCUCCAAUUCCUUAUCCGGAAAGAUUCCAGAAGAUCUUGUAAAUCUAAGAAAUCUAACCGUUUUUUUACUCAACAACAACAAACUCUCCGGCGAGAUUCCGGCAGGAUUCACAAAGAUGAUCAAAUUCAACAUCUCCGGCAACAAUAUCUCCGGCCCUUCGCCGGAAAACUUAAUGUCAAGCACAAGCACAGAACAACAACCACCACCGGAGCCCGGAAGAUCCGCCAGUGGCGAUUUCGUAAAUUACUCCAACUCACCAACUCCAUCCACAAAAUCCAACAACCAAAACUUCAGUUCAAUCGAGAUCGCCUUAAUCACAUCCGCCUCCGCCAUUUUUUCCGUCCUUUUAGCUCUCAUGGUUCUCUUCUUUUACACCAAAUGGCGACCCAAAUCCAUAACCCACGGGUCGACCCGUAAAGAAGUCACCCUUUUUACGGAUCUCGGUGUCCCAUUGACUUUCGAGAGCGUGAUUCAAGCCACCGGAAACUUCAAUGUCAGCAAUUGUAUCGGAAACGGUGGGUUCGGGGCCACGUUUAAAGCCGAAAUCGCCCCCGGGUUUCCGGUGGCGGUGAAACAGCUGGCGGUAGGGCGGUUUCAAGGCGUACAACAAUUCGAUGCGGAAAUCAAAACAUUAGGGCGGCUCCGCCACCAGAAUCUUGUAACCCUAAUCGGAUACCACGCGAGUGAAACCGAAAUGUUCCUUAUCUACAACUACUUGCCAGGUGGCAAUUUGGAAAGAUUCAUCCAAGAACGGUCAACGCGUGCGGUUGACUGGCGGGUCCUACACAAAAUCGCGUUGGAUGUAGCGCGGGCCCUAUACUACCUCCAUGAUCAAUGUGUCCCCCGUGUUCUUCAUCGUGAUGUGAAACCGAGUAACAUUUUGUUAGAUGAUGAUUUCAACGCGUAUUUAUCGGAUUUUGGUUUGGCGCGGCUUUUGGGUACGUCGGAGACUCACGCCACCACGGGAGUCGCCGGAACUUUCGGUUACGUGGCGCCGGAAUACGCGAUGACGUGUCGGGUAUCAGAUAAAGCGGAUGUGUAUAGCUACGGUGUGGUGCUUUUGGAGCUUUUGUCUGAUAAAAAAGCGUUGGAUCCUUCGUUUUCGUGUUAUGGUAACGGGUUUAAUAUUGUUGGGUGGGCGUGUAUGUUGCUAGGGCAAGGACACGCGAAGGAGUUUUUUACCGCGGGGUUGUGGGAUUCGGGGCCGCACGAUGAUUUGGUCGAAGUACUGCAUCUAGCAGUUGUUUGCACGGUGGAGUCGCUGUCGAGACGACCCACCAUGAAACAAGUGGUACGGCGGUUGAAACAACUUCAACCGCCGUCAUGUUAG